CUCUCCCCGCAGAGCCGUGUGGAUUUACUACCAGAAAGCAGCCUUUAUUUGUGUCUGCUGAGCACAGCAAAUUAAAAAACACGUCAGGAAUCUAAACGCUCGCUCACCGUCUCUACUGUGUGGGUUUGAAUUUAAGGACCCUCUGGGUUUUUUUCUGCCUUUAUUUUCAUUUUUAACUCUUUGAAGAAGACACAAAGGAGGAUGGGUGCUCAGUUGUCUAAAGGUGAAGCUACAGUGGAUGGAAAAGCCGUGGCUGAGAAAACCAAUGGUCAGGAAAAUGGCCAUGUGAAAACCAAUGGUGACGUAUCUACCAAGCCAGAUGGAGAAGCCGUGGCAGCAGACGGAAAUGGAACCGCGGAAGUUGCCAAGGAGGAGGCCGCCAAGACGGAGGCGGGAGAUGGCAUCGAAGCUGCCCCUGCUACCGAAGGCGACGCCGCCAAAUCCGACGGCGAAGCUGCAAAGGAAACCAAGAAGAAGAAGAAAUUCUCACUGAAGAACUCCUUCAAAUUCAAGGGCAUUUCCCUGAAGAAGAACAAGAAGGAGAGCCAGGAGGCAGCGGAGCCCGCAGCCACGCCCACCGCCGAAGACAAACCCGAGGAGAACGGCCAGGCUGCUACAGAGACCAAAGAGGAGGAGCCUGCUGCGGCAGAAACCAAUGAGACACCGGCACCCGAAGCAGAGGCGGAGCCCAAAGCAGAGGCGGAGCCUAAAGCAGAAGAGCCCGCCCAGGAAACAGAAGCCACACCCACAGAGGAGACCACAAAAUCUGACGAGACCCCGGCCCCUGCUGAAGAGACCACGCCCACCACAGCCUCGGACCCGGAGCCGGCUGCAGAGUGACCUCACUUCACUGUGGCAACCUAGACUGUUUAUCUAUCCUUUUUUUCUUUUUGAGAUUGAAAUAUAUAAAUAUAUAUAUAUAUAUAUAUAAAUAUAUGAGACUUAGGCCACAAUCUUAAAGUUACAGCAAUACUACAGAGAAACCGAGUUCUUUAACCAUCUUUGCUGAUAACGGUCAAGAGCGUUUUUUUUGGGAAUCGGGCCGGGAAUUGCUCUGUGUAUGGAUUGGAACGACUGAUGGAAUUUCCGCCUCAGAGGAAGAGCUGCGGAUGGAAGAGCGUGGCUCCCUGUUCACAGUCUUUUCAGUCAUUUUUCUCUUUUAAACUUCAUCCGAUCCUUGAUUUUUCAGGGCUGAUGAGUGAAAUGACAAAUUGUCCUCUUAGGAGAUGGUUACGGGGAGAUGUAAAACUACAAA